AUGCGGUGUAAGGCAAGGAGGAAUAACCUCAUCAACCUUUAUAUUAACGACCUGAUCGUUGAGCUCAGCAGUAAAAAAAUCGGCUGUCGCAUUGAUGACUGCAAUAUUAAUAACAUCAGUUAUGCUGACGACAUGCUGCUGUUGGGCCCAACGUUCAAAUAUCUGGGUCAUUACGUGACCGACGACCUUAGGGACCAUGUAGACAUUGAGCGGGAACGGGAACGGGAACGUAGGGCGCUGGCAGUUCGAUGUAACAUGCUGACGCGCAGCUUGUGGGCCGGCUAUACUUUGCGGACUAUUAGCGCCCAGCGAGUCCAAUAUAAUAAUGGGUUCAGAAUAUUGAUGGGACUGCCCCGUUUCUGCAGUGCAUCUGGCAUGUUCGCUCAAGCACACGUUGAUGGCUUCCAAGCCAUUAUCAAACAGAAUUCUGCAUCGCUGCUCUGA